CUUACAUAUUUCGAUUAAGUAAUCACAAUAAAUUUAAUAAAAUGGUUAUUUCAGGAACAUAUACAGAAGCGCUUGAUUGUUUGAUACUUCUUGAAAGAACUGAAACUGCUUUUUCGCAGAAUUCGGAAGAUGAUGAAGAAAAAAUGAAGAAAGCGAAGGCAGUUUAUCGACAAAAAAGGUUUAAAAAAGAUAUAGAAGAAAUAAAACAUUUGCUUAAUGAAGUUCCUGCGAUUACAAAAAACUCUUGCAACCAGUCAGACCAAUCACCUACUAUGGAGACCUACUGUAUGGAAUCACCUACUACACCUACUAUGUUGCUUGAUACGCGAUUACCUGUCAUAUCUGAAAACGAUUUAAUGGACUACACAAACGACAAAGAACUGAACCCGCUUAACAUCAAUAUAAAUAUAAUUUGGUCAAAAUUGUUAAUGCUGGAAAGUGAAUCAAGAAAAAUUAAUAAAAAAUUAGAUUUAAUAUCGAUAAAAUUUGAAAGUUUACUACAUGAUACUAAAAUCAAAUGA